AAGACCAUCUAGUUUCUCAGCUACUUAACACCAAGCCCUGAGUUUGAUCUUCAAGACCAAAUCUAUUUAACAUCCGCAAAAUCUCUUAUAAGGUUUGGGUUUUUGUUGAAGAAGAUGCACAUCAUUUUCCAAUUACAAGAUGCUCCACUUAUUCGACUCCUCCCGAAUUACCCAGAACCUCCCACCAAUCCCACACAAGAUUCGGCCAACGAACCUAAGCUUAUGAGUGCUGCUCUUGUUAAGGCUGCUAAACAGUUUGAUGCAUUGGUUGCUUCACUUCCACCUUCAGAUGGAGGUGAAGAAGCUCAGCUCACAAGGAUUGCUGAACUCCAGGCUGAAAAUGAUGCUGUAGGCGAAGAGCUUCAGAAGCAACUGGAGGCUGUUGAGAAGGAAUUGAAACAAGUUCAUAAGUUAUUCAGUCAAGCAGCAGAUAAUUGUCUGAACUUGAAGAAAACAGAUUGAAGUCCUUUAUGGCUUUAAUCCUCGAGUAUUGAAAGGUACUUAACUGUUCCAUCCAGGCGUUGGCACUAUAAUU